AGAGAGAGAGAGAGAGAGAGAGAGAGAGAGAAAACCGGGCAGUCGGCCAGUGGGCGGGGCCAGGCGCGAGGCCAGCUCCUUCCGGGCCCGACCGGAGUGAGAACUACUGCUGAGUCAAGGCAGCUUGAAACCCUGCGGGUGAUCGGAUGGCGAAUAAGACCUGGGACCAGAUAUGUGUAAAAGAGGAGCCAGAGCAUGUGGAAAUGAAUAUGGAGUUGACAGGAGGAUUGGAAGAAAGAGUUUCCCAAAGCCUCAAACAUGGAAGAGACUUUAAUAAUCAGGAAUCUUCAAAGAAGCAAAAUGAAACUGCUUCUGAUGGAAGGCUAGAGAGAGCCACUGAAUGCAAAGGGUCCAGUUUAAACAGUGUUGGCCAAAUUGUUAUCCAGCAGUUGAUUCACAUUGGAGGAAGUAAGAUCUCCCGUAUCAAGGAGGAGGAUGCCUUCUGUCAGAGCACUGGCCUUGGUAAACCUCAGAUCAUCCAUUUCGGAGAGAAACCAUACUUGUGCAUCAUCUGUAAUAAAACCUUCCGUAACCACUCGGGACUUAUGGUGCAUCAACGAAUCCACACAGGAGAGAAGCCAUAUAAAUGCCCUGAUUGCGAGAAGAGCUUCAACCAGCGAUCACACCUGACCUCUCACCGUGGAACUCACACCGGGGAAAAGCCCUUUAAGUGCUUUGACUGUGGGAAAAGUUUCAGUUACAACUCGGGGCUCAUCAUCCACCAGCGGAUUCACACAGGGGAGAAGCCAUACAGAUGCAGCGACUGUGAAAAAAGCUUCAGUCAGAAGUCCCACCUGCUUUCCCACCAGAGGACGCACGUGGGAGAGAAGUCCUUUAAAUGCCUUGACUGCGGGAAGAGUUUCAGCUACAACUCUGGUCUUGUUAUACACCAGCGGAUCCACACAGGAGAGAAGCCCUAUAAAUGCUCUGACUGUGGGAAGAGCUUCAAUCAGCGGUCGCACCUCAUCUCCCACCAAGGUAUUCACACAGGAAGGAAGCCCUAUACGUGCAAAGACUGUGGCAAGAGCUUCAGCUUCAACUCUGGGCUUGUGAUCCAUCAACGGCUUCAUACAGGGGAGAAACCUUAUAAAUGCUCCAACUGUGGGAAAAGCUUCAAUCAGAAGUCACACCUCAUUUCACACCAGAGGGUUCACAGUGGGCUAAAACCCUAGAAUCAUGGAGUUGGAAGAAUCCACAGGGCCACCCAGUCCAGCCCCCUCUGCCAUGCAGGAAUACACCAUCAGAGCACUCCUGACAGCUGGUUAUCCAGCCUCUGAUUAAAAGCCUGACUCAGUAAAAAUCAUUUUAUACAGGGAACUAAUUUUAAUUGACAGAAGCAUCAUCCCAUUGUUCCUUUAAUAAUAACAUGCAGAUAACAGCACAUUUCUAUGCUGGUUUUUCUCAACAAGUGCUUUCUUAAGGCAGUACACGUUUUUAGAACAAUGUUUCCCAAACUCUGGUCCUCCAGUUGUUUUCGAAUUUCAGCUUCUAGAAUCUCUGAUCAUUAGGCAAGGCAGCUGACGUUUCUGAAAGGUGAAGUCCAAAAUGCCUGGAGAACCAGAGAUUGGAAAUCACUGUUUUAGAAUUUUUAAAAGACGUUUUCAGUUUUGGUGAACUGUAACAGAGUAUGGCUGUUCACUGCCACUCCAAAAAAUCCAGGCAGAAAAGGUGAAUUCAAGCAUACAGCAAGUCUGAACAUGCUUAUUGCAAAAAUACCAAUACAGAAGUAACAAUAUUUUUGAUUUUUAUGAGGAAUAAACACCUUUGCACUGAAUGUAUUUAUUUUUAAUUACUUUUUAUUAAGUUAUUAGCAGCCUGUUUAAAACAACAUCUCAAAAUGGCACUCAAAAAGAAAAAAAAUGAAACAAUUAAAAAAAAAUAAAUCAAAUAAGAAAUUGAAAUGUAGAUGAACUUUAAAAAGAGUUGGGCCUCUUAAUUUUUUUCCACUUCUUUUGCACUCAAUAAUUUUUACAUGAUCCUAGGUGUAUAGGUAUAUAAAACAGGUUUAAUAUCACACAUUUACUUGUAAUCAGUAUUUUCAAGGCUUUCUAAGGAAGCUGAUUUUCCUUUUGUGGAGUACAGCUGAAGCAUCUUCUGUAGAGCCUGCUGUAAACAGUGCACAUCGUUACUAACAGAUUUAUCUGAAUGGAUGAUGUUCAGAAACCUUUUACCAUUGCCAAUUUUUGUGAUUCCCAACAUUGAGGUCAGGACCUACAAGUUUAAGAUGUAGUGCUUUCUUGAGUACUAGGAAAGUACACAAGAAACCUAUUAAACUAUUACACUAAUCCUUACAACUGGGGUGCAAAGUUUGGUCCCCAGAGGGCUUCUUCUCAGUUGCAGUCAAGGGAGUUCUUGGAUUGUUUUGUAUCCAGUGGAAGCCAUUUUCCCAUAGGAAUUGAACCAGAAAUUGACUUCACUUAUUGUUAGAAAAAGACCUCUCCUUGGCCUAAAAUAUCCAGGAAGGCAAAUCCAUGGUGAAAUUUCUCUACAAUCCCAGGGAUAAAGGGCACUUUUGGGACAAAAUUAAGUUAAUUACUAUUACAGUGUAUUGUAUUGGAGAGAUAGUCCUCUGAUGCCUUCUGAAUGCAGUUUGUCCCCCUAACUCUUAAUAGUUGCUCCCACUUUAGAAUAUUCUUAUUUCAUGCAGAGUCUAUAGACAUCUGUGCAAAACUUUCCCCAGGCAUAGAUGUAAUGCAGGGUUGGACAUAAAGUGACCCAGUUUUGUGAUCCACUUAAAAAUAGCAUGAUUUCAGGAAGCUUUUGCUCCUAAACCAUGCGGAAAGUCCCACAUGUCUGAAAAG